UUGACAGUAGCGCCAUUGAAACAAACAUUUAUCUGACUUUUGGAUUUGUUGUGUUUUUAUUUCUAAAUUAAAGAAAAAACAAAUUUGAAUAUAAAAAAGUAACAAUUUUAUUAUUAAUUUAAUUUGUGAGUUUUUCCCUAAUUGAAAAAAAUGGCUGGCCGUUUAGCGGUGGUAGGUGGAGAUGAUUUGAAUGAAAAAUCAAAGACAUUUGUAUUCAUAGGCGAAGGUCAUACUUUAGGUCGUGCACUUGUUACAAUAAUGCAAAAUUUUGCUGACGUGAUGUAUUGCUCUUAUACAAUUUCUCAUCCAAAUGAAGACAAAAUGAUGGUUCGAAUACAAGCAAGGGAAGGAAGAGCCGUUGAUAUUUUACGAAGAGGUCUAGAAAAUUUAAACGACGUUUGUGAUCACACUAUUGAUACCUUCGAACAGGCUAUGAAAGAUUUUCGAGAAUCAACAUGAAAUAUUAGCAAUAUUUUUAUAGUAUUAAAUUGUUAUUUAUGAAAAAAAAA